ACUACACUUCCCGGCAUGCAAAGGGAGGCAGUGGGCUUGGGGGACUACGACUCCCAGCAUGCCCCGCGGCCAAAGCCGGGCGAGCCCGGACCCGGAACCGGAUGUGCCUUGCUGCUCCGGUGGCGGAGCGCUGGGGCCAUGGCCACGGGGACAGACCAGGUGGUUGGACUCGGCCUCGUCGCCAUUAGCCUGAUCGUCUUCACCUACUACACCGCCUGGGUGAUUCUCCUGCCGUUCAUCGACAGCCAGCAUGUCAUCCACAAGUACUUCCUGCCGCGAGCCUAUGCCGUCGCCAUCCCGCUGGUCGCGGGCCUCCUGCUGCUCCUGUGUGUGGGACUGUUCAUCACCUACGUGAUGCUCAAGAACCAGAGGGCGGCCAAGAAGGCGCAGUGAGGACCCAGUGAGGAGAGGCCCGGGCAGGGCCGAGUGGCCGCCCUGCGCACCUCCCUGUGGGGCGGAGCUGUCCAGCACCCACUCCUGAGCGACAGGACCCAGCCCCGCCCGCCCUGCCGGAAGCCAGCGGCGGGAAGGGACCUGGAACGCGGCCCUGUCCUCCGUCUCGCGGCCUGACAACUGCCGCCCCCCCCCCCCCCCCCCGGGUUCUGCCCGCAGCCUCAAUGUCCCCUCCUGUCACACACCAGCGUUGACUUGGCGGUUCUGGGGCAGGCGACCCCUCCGCGACGCAGCCCAGACCCCACGAGGACGUCUGGACUUGGAAAGCCCUGGGGGAGGAUGGACGGACCUCUGGGCCACCCCCAGGCCCCCAGCCUCAGCCCCUGGCUGGCCACUGGGAGACUCUAACAAUAAACACCGAUCAGGCGC